AUGACUUCUCUAAAUACGCGAUUUGCAUUUGAUGCCAAAAACUUAAUUUCAUUUUGUAAAAAAUGCGAUAGCCAAGAUAUUUUAAGCCAAUCUGAGGCACUUAUAGAUUUAAAACUGAAAGAUUUAGACACUCGCUGGAGUAAAGUAGAAAAGUCGUAUGAAGAUCUAAUGCUUUCUGAUCAAAGUGAAGAAGUUAAAACUACAGCUCAAGAGCAAUACGAUUCAUGUGUCGACAUGUAUUAUUUAACCGUUUCCAAACUUCUUGAUGUGAUAAAAACGUCAAGAGAUAGUAUUGCUCGCGCUAGCAUAGAUUCAGCCCCAUUGAACACAUCUAAUGAUCGGUUAAGUACAGGUCUUAAAUUGCCCCCAUGCGAUACUCAAAUAUUUUCAGGAGGUUAUGAAGACUGGCCGGCAUUUCGUGAUAUGUUCACGGCAGUCUACAUUAACCAUCCAAGGCUAACUCUCGCAGAAAAACUUUAUCAUCUUAGAAAUAAAACUACCGGUUCAGCCGGAGCAAUAGUAAAAAGAUUCCCUUUAACCGAUAAUAACUUUCCUCUAGCUUGGCAAGCACUUAAGUUGCGGUAUGAAAAUGUAAGAGUUUUAGUCGACAAUCAGAUCCGUAACCUUUUCAAUAUUCCCGUAGCUAGCGUAGAGGAUAAUGAGUCCCUACAAAGAAUUCAUAGCUCAGUUACUGACUGUUUAGCUAUGCUUGAUACAAUGAGUAUAUCAGUUGAAGGCUGGGACCCCAUUUUAGUCAAUUUAGUCUAUUCUAAAUUACCCAACGAAACAUUGGCUCAAUGGGAACAAUCAUUAAACGCCAGUAGAGAGUUACCAACCUGGUCUCAAUUAAGUGAUUUUCUACUUAAACGAUGUGAAGUCGUAGAAAGAAUUUCCACUAUCAAAGUGAACAAAUCUGCUUUCCUUAAUCAAAAUGAAACUCAUUCACAAGUUCAAAUGUACUCAUCCCAAGAAAAACUUAAUUACAAAUGCAAAAUGUGCGAUGAAGAUCACAGUUUGAGAACUUGUUCGCAAUUUCGUAAGCUUUCAAUUCAAGAAAGAGUUGAUUUCAUUUUCAAGAAUAAGUUUUGUAACAAUUGUUUGUCACAAUCUCACACGAAAAAGAAUUGUAUGAGCAAAAAUUCCUGUUUAAAUUGUGGUAAAAAGCAUCACACACUGCUUCACAUGCGUUCUUUUAAUCCUCCUCGGAAUAGCUCAAAUCAAACGUGUCCAAACAAAAACGAUCAAAACAUAAAAUCUGAUCCAAAAACGACUAAUUCUAGAUCCGUUGAGUCAAAUGAAUCUGAAAACGGUCCAGCAACCUCAAAUGCUCACAAAACUUUCCAAGUUAAUGCGAAUUAUGCCAUGAGUGAUACUAAAGUCUUGUUACGAACUGCAAUGGUUCAAAUAGAAAGUAGAGGGGAAUUAUUCUCGAUUAGAGCUCUCAUUGACCCAGGUUCUGAGAGGACCUUUAUAUCUGAAAAGGUUCGAAAUCGUUUAAAUAUCCCAUCUAGAAAAUCAUACUGCGAAAUAAUAGGAGUUGGCGGUCAAACUCAAGUUUCAGAAAAAGAAUGUGAUUUGGUUUUGGUCUCGCACAAAUCCAAGUUUCGGUUACCCGUAACUGCUAUCGUUUUACCUAAAGUCACGAAUAAGAUUCCCUCGGUUUCCUUUGAACUCCCUAACCCAAUUGAGCUUUCUGGUAUUGACUUAGCUGAUCCAAAUUUUAAUAUAUCUUCCUCGAUCGAUUUAAUCCUUGGAAAUGACAGUGAGCGUUAUAUAAAUCUUGAUGGCAUCAAACGAGAUGUAUGUGGCUCUGCUUCUGCAUAUAGAACGGUUUUCGGAUGGGUGCUUAGUGGCCCCGUGAAGACUCAGCCAAUAUACUCGUUUUCAACAUGCGUUGGUUCCACUGAAGACUUUACCUUGGAUGAAUUAGUUCGGAAGUUUUGGGAGCAGGAAGAAAUUCCAUCAACCCGGCCAGCUUCUUCAGAGGAUGAAUAUUGUGAAAAAUUUUAUCAACAAACCACAACACGCUUACCAAAUGGACGAUAUAUGGUCAGAUUACCAUUUCGACAGGAGUUCCCGGAAUCAAGGUUUCUUAGCCCAUCAAGAUUUAUCGCUCUUAGUCAAUAUGUUCGGAUGGAACAGAUGUUGGAAAAAGAUCCCGCGUUAAGCACUCAAUAUAACGACGUGCUCACUGAGUAUAUAACCCUCGAUCAUAUGGAAGAAACAACUUCUCGUGAGUACUUUUCGGAAAAUAAAUGUAACUCCUUUUAUCUCCCUCAUCAUGCAGUCGUAAGACCAGAAAGCAAAUCUACGAAGGUUAGGGUUGUUUUCAAUGCUUCCCGCAAAACUAAGUCAGGGUUUUCAUUAAACGACGUUCUUUAUACUGGUCCCACACUUCAAGCUGAUCUGAUGACAGUGAUAUUAAAUUGGCGUUUUUACAAAUUUGUUUUCAGCGGUGACAUACAAAAAAUGUAUCGUCAGAUAUUAGUCAAUCCCCAAGACAGACCGUUUCAGAGAAUACUCUUCCAAAAAUCCCCCCGGGAGGCCAUCAAAGAUUACCAGUUAAAGACUGUUACAUUUGGUAUAAAUUGUGCACCAUUUUUAGCCAUUAGGACAUUAAUCCAGUUAGCGUCUGAUUCCGAAGAUAAGUUUCCCAAAGCAGCUGAUAUAUUACGUAGAGAAACUUAUGUAGACGACAUUCUAACUGGUGGUCAUUCUCUCGAAGAGGUUAUAAAAUCCCAGAAAGAGCUGGUGCAAACUCUAGAAUCAGCUGGUUUCUUAUUAAAGAAAUUAACCUCCAAUAACUCUCGUUUGUUAGCUUCUUUUCCCAAAGAAGAUCUUUAUGAUUCUGAUUUUCUCAAAUUUCAUGAUUCCAGUGCGACAAAAACUCUCGGCAUUCGCUGGAACGCACUGACUGAUUCGUUCACAUAUACUUUUGAAUCUAUUCCUCAAGAAACAAAAAUAACCAAACGCAAAAUCGUAUCUUCAGUAGCCAAAUUGUUCGAUCCAGCUGGCUGGAUAUCACCCGUAGUCAUUAAAGGCAAAAUUCUCAUUCAGCAAUUAUGGCUGGAACGAAUCGAUUGGGAUGAUUUUGUCAGUACAGAUUCUCUCCGAAUCUGGAAUGAAAUCGUAAGCGAUCUCUCGCAUAUAAAUGAAAUCCAAAUCCCUCGUUGGAUUCAGUUCACUCCCGUUGAUACUAUUCAAAUUCACGGAUUCUGUGAUGCCUCCAAAUUGGCGUAUUGUGCAGCAGUAUAUAUUAGAAUACAAACAUCUUCUCCUGUCGUUUUUUCGCAUUUGCUAGUUUCCAAAAGCAAAGUAGCACCAUUAGCAUCUACAACUUUACCGCGCUUGGAACUUUCUGGCGCAGUUAUGCUAGCUAAACUAGUACAAUAUACGAUAUCUUCGCUUAAUAUGAAAAAUCACGAAAUCAUUUUAUGGUGUGACUCAUCGAUUGUUUUAGGAUGGCUUGCUAAGCCACCUUCAACCUGGAAAGAAAUCUAUGUUUCUAAUCGUGUAGGCCAAAUCCAUAAAUUAUUGCCAAAUGCAAAAUGGCGCCAUGUUCCAACUCAUUUCAAUCCCGCUGAUCUAGGUUCCAGAGGAUGCAGACCACAGGACUUAAUCAACAACCAACUUUGGUGGCAGGGCCCACCACGGCUUACAAACCCGGUUUCGGAAUGGCCACAGAAUAAUCCGUUGAAUACCACGAAAUCUCCCGAAAUUUCUAUUCUUAAGCAAACACAAACCCAAAGCUUAACGGUUCCCAUCAGUAGCUUUCAAACUACAGUCUCUUCCGUAGACAUUCUUAAAAGAUUCUCCUCCUACACGAGAUCGUUAAGAGUUCUUGCAUACGUUUUUCGAUAUAUUCGGCGUUUUAAACCUUCGUUUGCCAAUCAAACCAACAACUUAGCUGAUCACAAUUCUCAACUCAGUCAACAGGAAGUCAAUUCUGUAAAGUCCAGAUUAAUAAUGUUAGCUCAGAAAGAAUUCUACCAGCGUGAAUAUGAAUUACUCUCUGAAAAUCAGCCCAUUCCAAAAGACAGCUCUUUAUUCACAUUAAAUCCAUUUCUAGACUCCAAAGCAUGCGAGAUCAAUCACCAAGAGACCCAACAGUGCACCAGUGCCGACUCUGUGACCGUUACCACGCGCUACGGUUCUGCCGGCGUUUUUUGGCGAUGGAGUCAGCAGAGCGUUUUGUAG